UGUGUGUUUUAUACUUCCUAAUAAGAGUUUAUAAUGCGAAAAGCAAUUUUUAUGUUAGCUGCAGCUAUCGCAUUUUUGUAUUUUUCUGUUAUUUUAUUUCUAUUAAGUCCUAUACAUGAUUCAAAAAAUGUUUACUACGGCAACAAUUACAUAGGACCUUUGGGUUUAAGACUUGUGCCUAGUGUAAAAUGGUGCAAGGAGUUACACUGGCGAUCACCUCCCUUACCUUAUGCAGUUGCACUUGUUUCUUAUCCUGGUAGUGGUAACACCUGGUUAAGGUAUCUUUUACAGCAAGUCACUGGUAUAUUAACAGGCUCAAUUUAUAUGGAUUUUGGUCUAAAAGUGCAUGGAUUUCCUGCUGAAAAUGUUACCGAUGGUACAGUGCUCGUUGUAAAGACUCAUGAAGCUCCGCCACUUGAACCUGAUAAGUUUAAAUCAGCUGUGUUAUUAAUCAGGAAUCCUAGAGAUGCCAUAUUGGCAGAUUUUAAUAGACUUCAUAAAGGUCAUAUUGGCACAGCUCCGAAAUCCGCUUUCAAGAAAAGGUCCCAUGAAAGGAAGAAAACUGAUUGGUCUUCCUAUGUUACAAUACAGCUGAGAACUUGGGAGUCGUUACAUGAUCUAUGGCUCACGAAAUUUCCUGGACCAGCGUACAUAGUGUUUUACGAGACAUUAGUGAAAGAUACGAGGAAUACCCUUCAAGGAAUACUGAAUUUCUUAAAUUACACUUUCACAGAGAGAGAUAUGAACUGCGCUCUGUCACACAAAGAAGGUAUCUACAGACGUAAGAAAAAGCUACAAGACUUUGAUCCGUUCACUCAAGAUAUGUACAGACAGAUAGAAAUUGUUAAAACAAGAGUAUUCAAUAAUAUCAGAAUAUAUAGAAAGAAACACAACGAAACUGACGUUUUAGAUUUUUUAUAAUUGUUUUUAAAUGUUCUAAAUAAAUAAGAGUUACUUAUAGAUCAGUAUUAAAGUUGUUACGUUGGGUUUUCACUGCAGUCACUUGUAUUAACACAUCUUGUCAUCUCACACAUUGUCUUUAAAAAAACAGGGACAGUAAUGUUUCAACACAAGUUUCACC